UCGGCCGCGUGCUGGCUGCCAGGCCUCGGGCCGUCGUGAGGGGACUUCCUCGACAGCGCGGGCCUGGUCAGUCGUCGGUCGCGGCGGGCCCGUCUCCUUGGUGCAGGCAUCCUGGAGGCACCCGGGGAUCCUCGACGCCGGAAUGUGGGACUGGCACGAGGUCUUUGCCCACAACGUGCUCGUGCCCCCCCACCCGCAGAGAGCACGCCAGCCGCUGAAGGAGUCCACGGCGUUCCAGUGUGUCCUGAAGUGGCUCGACGGGCCGCUCGUCAGACAGGGGGUGCUGGAGGUGCUGUCGGAGGUGGAGUGCCAUCUGCGAGUGUCUCUCUUUGAUGUCACCUACCGACACUUCUUCGGGAGGACGUGGAAAAGCUCCGUGCAGCCGACCAAGCAGCUCUCGAGGCAGCCGUCCCGGGUCGUCUUCAAUGAGCAGGUCAGACCGUUAGCCCAGAUGGACAGACGGACCUUCAUUCACGAUGGCCACUCACCAGAGUCCUGGCGCGUCAUGAAGUUUAGUGCCCUGGGCGUCAGGGGAGGCUUGCCCCUGUAUUUUCAUACCUCCUUAAACCACCCGAAUAUCGUGGCUGUGGUAGAAGUGGUCGCCGAAGGCAAGAAACGGGACGGGGCCGUGCAGUCGCUGUCGUGUGGGUUUGGAAUCCUGCGGAUCUUCAACAAGCCAGACUCCCCCAGCGCCGCCUCCCAGGACAAACGGUUGAAGCUUUACCAUGGCAGCCCCCGAGCCCUCCUGCACCCGCUUCUCCAGGACCCCGUGGAACACAACAAACACAUGACCCUGAUCGAGAGCUGCAGCCUGCAGUACAGCCUGAAGCCGCACCCGCCGCUGGAGCCGGCGCUCCACCUCCUGCCCGAGAACCUCCUGGUGUCUGGGCUGCAGCCCAUCCCCGGCCUCCUCCCCGCGCACGGGGACACGGGCGAUGCCCUGCGGAAGCCCCGCCUGCAGAAGUGUGUCACGUGGUUCUUGGACGACGUGUUCUUCACCCUGUACCCCUCCCUUGAGAAGUUCGAGGAGGAGCUGCUGGACCUCCUGGUCGGCGACCACUUCCGAGAGGGCGGCGGCACCCUGGAGGUCCGGGAGCGGCGUCUGCACGUGGGGGUGCACAACGGCCUGGGCUUUGUGCAGAGGCCUCAGGUGGUGGUGCUGGUGCCCGAGAUGGACGUGGCCUUGACGCGCUCCGCCAGCUUCAGCAGGAAGCUCAGCUCCUCCUCCAAGAGCAGCUCUGGAAACCAGGCUCUGGUUCUGAGGAGCCGCCUCCGCCUGCCCGAGAUGGUCCAUCACCCGGCAUUCGUGGUCGUCUUCCAGCUGGAGUACGUGCUUCACAGUCCCGCGGGAGCAGACGGCACGGCGGCUUCAGUCACCUCCUUGUCCAACCUGGCCUGCAUGUACAUGGUCCGCUGGGCCGCCUGGAGCCCCCCGCUGGAGGCCGGGGCCGGGCGGGUGACCCUGCCUCUGUACGGUGGCAUCCGGCCCAACCCCUCGCACUGUCUGGUCUAUAAGGUCCCCUCGGCCAGCAUGAGCUCUGAAGAGGUGAAGCAGGUGGAGUCGGGAACCAUCCAGUUCCAGUUCUCACUGAGCUCCGAAGAACUCCUGGACGCGCCCACGCAGUGCGCCGGCGGCCCCAAGGCAGAGCGCCGGUCCGCCAGGAGGCCGCCCACGGCCCCUUCCAGCCCGCCAGCGUCAGCAGCCCAGGGCCCCGCUGCCACCCAGGACUCGCCUGUGGGACCAGGGCUGUCGCUCUCCCAGCUGGCAGCGUCCCCACAGUCCCUGACUCGGCCCCGCUCAGCCAAGCCCCCUUCCCAGCAAGUGGAUGGCUCUCAGCUCUCCCCGGCCCCCGCCCAGGGGCUCCCCCCGACGGAGGCCAGCAUCUCCCACCUGGAAGCUGACCUGAGCCGGCCGGCCUCGCUCCUGGGAGCGGCGGAUGCCGAGCAGUUACAGGAGCUGCCCUUCACCCCUGCGCAUCUCCCGGUUGUCCUGGGGCCCCAGACCAGGAGUUCUGGAAGCCAGCUCUCGAGAGCCUCCAUGGCGCUCCUGCAGUCCGCCGGCUUCCCUGAGAUCCUGGACUCCAACAAGCAGCCUGCCGAAGCCGUCAGUCCCACAGCGCCCGUGCAGUUUAACCCCCAGAAGGAAGAAUCAGAUUGUCUGCAGAGCAACGAGAUCGUGUUCCAGUUCCUCGCCUUCAGCAGAGUGGCCCAGGACUGCCCAGGAACACCAUGGCCAAAGACUGUGUAUUUCACCUUCCAGUUCUACCGCUUCCCACCCGUGACAACGCCACGGCUGCAGCUGGUCGGGCUGGACGAGGCUGGGAAGGCCAGCUCGGGCUCCCUGACCCACAUCCUCGUCCUGGAGAAUACAGACGGCUCCUCCGAGGCUGGGGCGCCCGGCUUCCAGCUGAAGUACACGGUGGACCCCGAGUUCCUGAAGCCCGGGGAGCAGCGCUGGUUUGUCCACUACCUGGCCGCGCAGGUCCUGCAGCUGGACGUCUGGGACGGGGACUCCUUGCUCCUGCUCGGGUCCGUGGGCGUCCCGAUGAAGCACCUGCUCCGCCAAGGGCGGCCGGCCGUGCAGGUCUCGCACGAGCUUGAAGUUGUGGCAACUGAGUACGAACAGGACGCCAUGGUGGCGAGCAGAGACGUGGCCGGGUUUGGCUACGUCAGGCCCAUCGGCGUGCACACGGUGGUGAAGGGCCGGCUGCACCUGACCUUGGCCAAUGUGGGUCACGUGUGUGAGGGAGGGAGGAGUUCUGGUGCGUUGCCGCCGUCCAGGUCUCGGGUCAUCUCCAACGACGGAGCCAGUCGCUUCCCUGGGGGCAGCCUCCUCGCCAGAGCAGGCCCAAAAUCUGUGAAGAACGUGGUCCAGGCGCAGAAGCUGGCCGACGUGGACGGCGAGCUGGCUGCCGUGCUGCUGACGCACGCGCGGGCCGGCCAGGGGCCCCGGGGCAGCGGGCACGAGACGGAUGCUGUGCGCCGGCGCAAGCUGGACAGGAUGCGGUCGGUGCGCCUGCGGGAGGGCGGCGGGGCGCAUGGCGGCGUCAGGCCCAGCGUGCUGGCUCGGCAGAGCCUCCAUGCGCAGCAUCUGCGGGACCUGCAGGUCAUCGACGCCUACCGCGAGCGCACCAAGGCACAGCGCAUCGCCAGCGCGCUGAGCCUGGCCAUCACCACGCAGCACACGCUCUACGCCGCUCUGGGCUCGGCCGAGUUCUUCGAGUUUGCGCUCCAGAACCCCCACAACACGGCGCACACGGUGGCCAUUGAGAUCGACAACCCCGAGCUCAGCCUCAUCCUGGACAGUCGGGAGUGGAGGUUCUUCAAGGACUCGGCGGGCCUGCACACGCCGCUGGAGGAGGACAUGUUCCACCUGCGCGGCAGCCUGGCCCCCCAGCUCUACCUGCGCCCCCGUGAGACCGCCCACGUGCCCUUCAAGUACCAGAGCUUCUGCGUGGGACCCCCGGCCGCGGUGCAGGCCUCCACCGAGCCGAGCUCCCAGCAGGGUGUGGACGCUGGAUGCUCUCAGAAGGCUAGCACCAUGCCCACUAAGCACGCCAAGGUCGUGUUCCGAGCGGCUGGCGGCAAGCCCAUCGCUGUGCUCUGCCUGACGGUGGAGCCCCAGCCGCACGUGGUGGACCAGGUCUUCCGCUUCUACCACCCGGAGCUCACCUUCCUGAAGAAGGCCAUCCGCCUGCCUCCCUGGCCCAGGCUCCCAGGUGCCCCCGUGGGGACGCCAGCCGAGGAGCCGCCGGUCCAUGUGCGGUGCAGUGACCCGAACGUCGUCUGCGAGGCUCAGAACGUGGGCCCUGGGGAGCCACGGGACGUGUUUCUGAAGGUGGCCAGUGGGCCGAGCCCGGAGAUCAAAGACUUCUUUGUGGUCAUUUACGCGGACCGCUGGCUGGCCACGCCCCUGCACACCUGGCAGGUCCACCUCCACUCCCUGCAGCGCGUGGAUGUCUCCUGUGUCACAGGCCAGCUGACCCGCCUGUCCCUCGUCCUCCGGGGGACACAGACAGUUAGGAAAGUGAGAGCCUUCACGUCGCACCCCCAGGAGCUGAAGACGGAGCCCAGAGGGGUGUUUGUGCUGCCGCCGCACGCGGUGCAGGACCUGCACGUGGGGGUGAGGCCCCGGAGGGCCGGCAGCCGCUUCGUCCACCUCCACCUGGUCGACGUGGACUGCCACCAGCUCGUGGCCUCGUGGCUCGUGUGCCUCUCCUGCCGCCAGCCGCUCAUUUCCAAGGCCUUUGAGAUCACGAUGGCUGCGGGGGAGGGGCAGGGCGCCCACAAGCGCAUCACCUACACCAACCCCUACCCCUCGCGGAGGACCUACCACCUGCACAGUGACCACCCGCAGCUGCUGCAGUUCAAGGAGGACUCCUUCCAGGUCGGAGCGGGCGAGACCUACACGAUCGGCCUGCGGUUUGCGCCUCGGCAGAGCGCGGGGCAGGAGGAGAUCCUGAUCUACAUCAACGACCACGAGGACAAGAACGAGGAGGCGUUCUGCGUGAAGGUCACCUACCAGUGAGGGCGUGGCCAGGGCGUGGCCUCCUGCUGCUCUCCGCCUGUGGCCCCGGGACUCAGCAGGGCAAGGCCAGGCCCCGGCACCCAGUCCUCGUGCCGAGCGCCCCGGUGGACGCCCGCGUGGUCGUCGCCGUCUCCGUCUGUGACUCUGAUUUGCUUUCAGCAAAGUGCAUUUAUGAAUCAUCCUAAAUGAGAAAAUUAUGUUUUUCAUACUAGAUUUUGUAC